CGAGAAAUACUGCAAGGUAGCGAUGGAGAAGAAGCAAAUCACCCCAGGCUUGAUAGAGAACAAGCUGACACAAGCACUGGACGCGACGCUGGUCAAGGCCGAGGAUCUCUCUGAUGGUUGCGGAAUGAAGUUUUCAAUCCUGAUCGUUUCACCCCGAUUCGACGGAAUGCCUCUCGUCGAGAGGCAUCGAGCUGUACACGCAGCUCUAGAGAAGGAGACGCCAGACAUUCAUGCUCUCACCCUCAAGUGCUUGACGCCGCAACAGCACCAGGCAGCAACCGCAUCUUGAAGGGCCCGGACCGGGUCAGGCACGACAGCAGUCAGGGUAGUUGAUGUCACUAGCAUCUGAUACAUAAAGAACAAGCUGAACGUC